GCAGCAUACAUGCAUCUUUCUGUUUAGUUUGAGAUUUUUCUCUAGUUCUGAAAUUUGGUGAUAUAGGCGUUACAAAUUCUCACACUAGUGGAUGUUAUUCUGAAAGCCCUGAGUCUAUGGGUCAUUUUGUCGAGAGAGAAUCUCAGCUUUUGUUAUAGUUUUUGAAGUUAUGGACAGAAACUGGAGUGAGCGAAUCCCACGAGCUCCAAAAAAAUGAAAUGCAAACCAAAAUAGUCUUUUUAAAAACAGAAAUCUCAUGAUUUGUGGGGGAUGGAGGCUGAUUCAUGGCUUUUGACUGCUGAGGAUAGGCAACACUAACGUUUGGGAAGGAGAGUGGGAGAAAACGGAGAAGAAAGGAUCCUUUAAACAAUUUGCAAAGGUAGUUACAAAACUAAAAUUGCAAUUAUGUACAUCGUAGCAUUGGGGAGCUCACAAACAUUCCAGGUGUGGGGGCUGAUUGUAGGUUUUACAGUUAAGUGGUAUUUCAAGAGUUGAAUCUUUAAAGAUGUUUUUAGAAGUUACCCCAACUAUCUCAGAGUGUACAUGACAGUAUCAUUUAACAGAUGCCACUCAUCCCAAAUGCCAGGCUGUAUUUAUUUGUUAGAUUGACAACAAAGGCUCAGGGCAGCUUAAAGUAAGAGACAAAAUAUCAUAUAAAAACAGAUAAAAUACAAUAUACAAUAAAAACUUCUUAAGCAAUACCCCAAUUUAGCUUUGCUUGUUGGACAUCCAUCCGAAUAAGAAGGUCUUACAGCACUGCUGGAAAAUGUCCAGACCCUGGUGGACCUCAAAAGGGAGGGAAUUGCAAAGCUGAUGAGCAGCUACUGAGAAUGACCUGCCUUGUGUUUUUGUCAAACCGACCCGGCUCUCUGAUGGCAUUGUAGUUUGAGAUGUGGAAAUUCAGAAUCUGAAUUCUGCAGCUCGAGUGCUGAGUUAUUUUUUGUAAGGACCUGCACCUAUGCAAAGAGAACAAAGCCUAUUUACUUUAAGAUGCUGAAGUUGGAAAGGAAUUCGAGUUCUUGAAAUAUCUCUUUAGAGGUGAAACUGAUGUGCAUUAGUUGUUGAAUUCUUUCUUAAUUGAAUACUUGAUGGGUUCAGGUUUACAGAUUCACAGAAGUUUAGGGCUGGAAGGGAUCUUGUGAGAUCAUCAGGUCCAGCACCCCUGCUCUAGGCAAGAAAGACUGAUGGGGUCAAAUAACACCAGCAAGGUAUGCAUCCAAAAGGUGGUUUGUUUGUUUGUUUUUAUUUUGUUGUUUGUCUGUUAAUUUUUCUCUCGUUUUCUACAAUGAACUGUUUCAAAUCGGUAUUUCACUACAUGGAAUAAGUUAAUCAGGCUAAAACAUUCAACUUCCUCUUAUGUUAAUCUAUCGCUACGUAGGAGAUCUAAUUAUCUAUAGCUCUUGUGCAACAACUUUGCAUGUUAUAUCCCAUUAUAUCCCACUUUGGACAUGUGUUUAUUUAGUUAAACCCUAAACCCUUUGAAACCCUAGAAAACAGAUAUGCCUACCAUGGUAGGUCCCAUGUUCUCUGUUGGCAAGUACUUUGCUGAAUGUUUGUAGCGGGGAAGGGGUGGGGGACAUAUCAGGUUGUACUUAAAUACUCUUCUUUUUAGCAUCAACUCUACCAAUGAAAGAGACAGGAUGCUGGGCUAGAAGAUUCUGUUGCCUGACCUGGCAUGGUGUUUCUUAUGUUCUUACAUUUAAUGUUUAAAAAGCCUUGGCUUCAUGCUUGUUAUUGCAAUAAUUUCUAAAACCAGACUAAACAGAUGCUGUCUCCAGGCAUACACAUGGUUUCUGCUUUGGUUAAAGGGCUGGUGGAGAUGUCUUCGUAUCCACAGUUUGCAUACAAUGCUUUUCGUGUCUCCUUCAGUGUUUGCAAGAUCAGGACCUGUGUACGUGGAAACUUUACUCACAGGGACAAUUGUAUUCACUUUGACAGGACAAUUUAUAUGUAGGUAUGUAAGUACACAUACAGUGAGUGACCAUUCUAACAGUGAAGCUCUCUAUUUAUCUUCCAUGGCGGAACUGUACGUUGGAGUUUGGGCUUGCUUCUGCCUUGGAGUUAAUGGACUUUGUUCUUUGAGAUCAAGCAGUAAGCAGCUCACACUUUUAGAUCCAGAGGUCCAAUGUUCAGUUUCCACUAAAGGACCUGAUCAGGGUUUGUUACGAUAUGGUCAAAGUUGAGGUCUUGGAUGUGGGAACAGUUCAUCUUUGAUUUCCAACCCCCCCUUCCCUCCCCGACAACCAUAUGCUGAGAGUACAAAGGACGGUGUUUUUCCUACCGCAUGCUUAGGGCAUGCAGGAAGCAGAGAAGCUCUAUAUCUGGAUGACCAACUUCAGUCAUACUGCCUGGUUCCUUGACUCUUCCAAUUCUGUUGAACCUGCAGUCUAUCACAGAUUCACACCAUGAUCAGUCCUCUACCCCAGUCAAAUUCUCCGGGAAAGCAAACAACUUCCUCAUUCAGUGUGAAUUUCAUUUCCUUGUGUAAGUGCACAGGACCUCCUUAUUCAGAGAUCAGAGCUGUUGGUCAUGUGGGAGGGAUGAGGCGUAUGACUGAUGGGCAGUGGAGGCGAGAUGCUACUUCGGACCAUCUAUGGGAGAAACAGGAUGCGUGCUGACACAUCCAAACUAUUAUAAAUAUCCGCCAAUUUGCAGCAUAUCCCUACCUUUCUUGAGGAAGAACAGCAAGCUUCUUCAGAGCUUCUACAAUAACUUAUAUACUGCCCACAGAGGGAGACAGAGAAAUACCAAUUUGAACCAGCUGGUAACUCCUUGCAUUGGCAUCACACUGUUCCAGUUCUCUCAGGACAAAUGCUACAUAUAUAUAUUGAAAAAGUCUCUGGGAUACUGAUCUGACCUCACUAUUGUUGUUCAUGGGCAGGAAGUCUUCAUUUCUACUGAUACGGGUACUCAGUCACUGACAAUGUGUGUAGGAAAGUGCACUCGAAUCCUGGGCCCAUGCCUGCUUGUCUUGGGAAUGCUCUCCAUUGCUGUCAACAUCUUCCUCCUUUUCCCCAACUGGUCAUGGAAGUAUCUACAGGAGGGCCACAUCACCAAGCAGGCCAUGCAAGCACCAGGCAUCUGGGGAGGAGGCAUGAUUGUUCUUCUGGCUGCAACUCACAUCACAGCUGUUGGAUGGCGAUGCGGCUGUUUCUCUGACUGCGGAACUUGGAGAAAUCUGUUCCUUUCCAUCAUCUUAUCAGGGCUGGCAUUGCUGGGAUCUGCCGCCUGCUUUAUCAUGGCUGGACUAGGCUUGACAAAUGGACCCCUCUGCCUGUCCAAUGGUUCAACCCACAACCAGGAUGGAAUUCAGCACUGGAAUUAUCCUUUCUCAGACACAAGCAGCCAAGACUUCACCUCCAGGGCUGACAACUAUCUGUUUAACCAGUCGCUCUGGACCUCUGUCUGCAUUGAGCCCCCUCGUAUCGUACCCUGGAACAUCAGCUUAUUCUCCCUUCUGAUGAUCAUCAGUGCAGUUGAGAUGGUCCUGGCUUCCCUUCAGAUUAUCAAUGGUUUCUUUGGGUGUCUCUGUGGAUUUUGUGAAGGGAAAUAGGUUCAGUGCACUCCAGACUUGUGUGUUGACUGGAAUGGACCGUGAAGAGUAGAGGAACAGUUUCCCUGAACCUCCAGUUGUCCACACCUGUAAGACAUUUACGCUUAUCAUGGUCUCCUGGAGAGACCCAUUAGGUGACCACUCCUGGUUAAUCUAUUGGAUGGGAGUUUUCAAUGCUCUCAGAAUUGCUGCUACCAAGUCAACUCCCUGCACUGGCUGGAGCUGGAGUGCUGGCUUGGUGCUUUUUGUUAUACAGACUGCAAUAGUUUCUGUAGGAACACGGUGUCCUGACUCACUGGGGCCGUUGUAAGGACUCCAUCUGGCUCCUACAGGCAGAGACCAAGUGGGGGGUGGAAAAAAUCCAUUAAGCCUGUUUCACUAGUCUGGAAAGGGGGUGACGUGUUGUUGCUGGCAGAGGGGGACUGCACAGGCCCUUCCUCCAGGGGAGAUGAAGGUGCAAGCCUAGAAAGAAGCCAAGCACCAAAUGCUAUAUGGGCCAGGGGUCCCACUGGAGAACAAAUGAAACUGGAGUCACCUGACUUGGAUUUUAACACCCUACCAGGAUGUUUAAUCUGCCUGGGGUAAACUCCUGUAGAGGCUGGCAGUCAACUGACCUUGGAAACGAGCCUGUCAGAGGACUAGUGAUUAACAGAGAGGGGGAGAAACUCUGGAUGGAACAUGUGAGCCAUAAGCUGACACUUUUGUGCUAGGGACGGUUGCUCUUGCUCAUCACAAGGAAGGGCACAAGCCCUAUGUUUUUCUUUUUGCGCAACUGGGGUGAUGUCUGACUAGAUAGUGAACUAAUAUUUAUAGUGGCUUUAAUCCAAGAGAAUCUUUUAUUUUUUCACUGCCUCUUAUUUAUUUUCUCCAAAAAACCUGUUUUCUCUAAUAAAUCUACGUGUAAACUGACUGGGCCAGAUCUUUCCUGACACCUCCCUUGGGUGUGGUCCUUAUUCAGCCUCUCUGAGUAAAGACACCCCCAUUUUUGGCCUCCAGAGAGUACGAGGAGAGAUUUGUUUAUCUGAACUCUGGCUGAAGGAUGUUUAAAGAGGAGCUGUGGAUUCUUAUCCCAUUACCUGGAUUAGC